AUGGCGGACGGGGAGAAGCCACAAGCAAGCAGAGCUGAUGUCCCUGCAACCUCGCCUCCGGUGCCUAGCCGUAGCUGGAGGCGUAGCGUGCAACCUGUCCUGACCAUCAUCUCCCAUGGUACCGCGCCAUUUAUCAGCACAUUCCUUCUCAUCCAUCUCUCCGCACCGAUCCUUGCCAACCUCGGUGGCGAAGCGAUGGCGAGUCAAGUCAUGAUGAUCGGCAGAGAGCUCUAUCAGACACGGCACGCUGAACCCAUUUUGUAUGCCGCUCUCGUAAUUCACCCGCUAGCGAGCACUCUCCGACGCGUCCUCGCCCCCACCACAGCUGGGCCCGUCUCCCCCAAAUCGAAGGGCUACCUUGAGCGUAUCAAAUCCUACCCGCGCAACCUCAUCUCUCCGCUCUCUCUUCCCGCCUACGCUCUCGUGCUCCCACUUACCAUACACACCCUCACACACCGCAUCUACCCCUCCCUUCCCAUCGCACCCAUCUUCUCCCUCUCGCCUUCUGAACUCGACUUUUCCUAUGUCCAGUACGUCUUGGACGCAUAUCCCUGGCGUUCGUGGCUCGGCUACGGGAUGCUCGUAGGCUGCGUGGUGUGGCAUGGGACCGAGGGCGUGCGUCUGAUCUACAAUUCGUACGAAUGGGUCAGAGGAGGCGCGCAGACGUGGAGGAGAGAGCUGAGGAAGAUGAUCAUCGUUACUGGGGCGGUGAUGAUCCCAGUUCUGUCGGGUUUGUGGGUGAUGUCAAAGGAGCCACUGUUGAUGCUCGGCGGAACAGCAGAACGGUGCCACGCAGCGUUAAUACAGUCAUUUGCGUAUCGCUACUAA